AGUGAAAUGGAGUUCACUUUUGUUAUUCGGUCGUGUACAAAAGUAGCAGCUUGAUUCUUCUCUUUGGGCUUUUGCUCUGUUUUCUUCACUUUCCCUUCUGCCCAUCACUUCUUAUCUUCCUGGCAGUUCUAAGUUACAAUGAAGGGUGGAAAAGGAAAAGGGGCGUUGAGAAAAGAAACAAGGUCGGCACUGAAGCCUGUUGAGGACCGAAAGAUAGGGAAGAGAAAGGCCACAUUGAAGGACGAUAAACGGAAGGCCAAGAAGGACAAAAAGGCCAAGAAAGAUCCUAAUAAGCCUAAGAGGCCUCCCAGUGCCUUCUUCGUAUUUCUUGAAGAAUUCAGGAAGACGUUUAAAAAGGAAAAUCCUAACGUGAAGGCUGUAUCAGCUGUCGGAAAAGCUGGAGGAGAGAAGUGGAAAUCUAUGAGCGCAGCUGAAAAAGCACCAUAUGAAGCCAAAGCAGCAAAAAGGAAAUCAGAGUAUGAAAAGCUCAUGAAUGCUUACAACAACAAGCAGCCGGAAAGCUCAGACGAUGAUGGCGAAGAAGAAGAAUCUGAGAGGUCAAAAUCUGAGGUACAUGAUGAAGAUGCAGAGGGCAGUGGGCAGGGUGAAGAAGAAGAGGAAGAGGAAGAUGAUGAAGACGAGGACGAUGAUUGAAGCUAUGUGCUUCAAACACUUAGUUUUUGUACUUAUUGCCAUCUGACAAGGGUAAUCUGUAGGGUGAAGAAGAAGAGGAAGAGGAAGAUGAUGAAGACGAGGACGAUGAUUGAAGCUAUGUGCUUCAAACACUUAGUUUUUGUACUUAUUGCCAUCUGACAAGGGUAAUCUGUAGGGUGAAGAAGAAGAGGAAGAGGAAGAUGAUGAAGACGAGGACGAUGAUUGAAGCUAUGUGCUUCAAACACUUAGUUUUUGUACUUAUUGCCAUCUGACAAGGGUUGAGUGACUGUAUGUGUUUAUGCUGUAUUUUCUGUUACCUAGUUUGGGUCACGGGGUCUGCCGAAACACUUGAAUGAACUUGUAUAUGUAUAUGAUGAUACGUAAUAUAUAUAUGGCAUGUCUUUUAUCUGACUUCA